AUGACAGCGACUGCAGAAAAAUCAUUAUCGGAUGAAUUUCUCUUGGGACAGAAAUUUUACAACAGAAUUGAAGCCACAAAUGUUAAAAUUGCAAUCACACAUUUCAUUAAAUGCGCGGAGUUGACGGAUAAAUUGAGUAUAUUUAGCGCAAACGAAACCGUGGAAGACAUUAAUACCGGAGAUUUAAGGCAAGAUAUAAAAAUUGAAGCAUAUCUUGGUGAUUUAACGACUAAAUUGGUCGACGGAGAUCGAAUGCAAAUACUAAAUAAGGCAAAGCUACACUUUGAACAAUUUUUACGGAAUAUCGAAUUGCAUGAAAUACUAAAAGAGGAGGACAGAAAACUUAUUGAACAGCAGUCUAAUGGAAUUAUAAAAGAUGCUGCAAAGAAACGUGAAGAUAAGAUAGCACGAUAUAAGAGAGAGAAAGAGAUUAAAAUGAAGUUAGAGUCUUUACAACAAUUGUUGCCUUCUAUUGGAGACAAUGACAAAGAAGACUUUAGUCGCAAAUAUAUUCUUACUCUUAUUGACCUCUUCAUACAAAAAUCUAUGGAACAAUUAUUAUCAAUUAAACAAGAAUUUGAAUUACUUGAUCAAAUGAGAAAAAUUCAAGAACAAACUGGGCCUAGUUCUUUUGUAGGUCUGGCGAAUGAUAAUAAGGCCUUAAAUAUUUCCAAAAAUUUAAGCGGUCCGUUAAUGACAAAAGAUGGAAAGCCGCUUCGACCUUUUGUCAUCACAAACCAACGCGAAGCGAUUCGAGAACAAGUUUUUAGACCAGGUUGGCGUCUUCCAACAAUGACCAUUGAUGAAUACCUUGAUCAAGAAGCUGCACGAGGCAAUAUCAUUAGCGGUGGAGGACAGAUACCGGAGAAAAAGGAAAUUGAUGAUAACGACGAGCAUGCUAUAGACCAAGAAACGUUCAAAGCACGAGAAUGGGAUGAAUUCAAGGACGCAAAUCCUCGUGGAUGGGGUAAAUUUAUUAUAAAUGUAUAUUUUGAUGUCAUAGAACAAACAUACACUCCUGUCCCGACUUCUGAGAUUAAUGAGCGUCCUUCUCAAGAAACAAGCGAAGAGGAUACAAUACAACAAGUACCUCCUGAAGAUAAUUAUCGAGUUGUAUAUUUGAUAUUUUUAUUUCAGGGUGUUGCAAUGCUAUUAGGAUGGAAUGUAUUCAUUACUGCCUCUGUAUUCUUUCAACAGAGUUUUCUUGGUUCAGCAUAUGCAGAUCAUUUUCAAAACUACUUUUCUGUUGUAUAUAUGAGUUCGAAUCUUUUCUUUCUCGGACUUGCUUUGCUUACUCAUAAGUCGGAAAAUAUAUCUUUUCGAGUAACCUUUGCAAUUGCGCUUAUGAUAUUCAUUUUCUUAAUAAUUGCAAUAUCAACUCAAUAUGUUGAGUUUUUUGGUCCCACAAUUUACUUUUACUUUGUCGUCACAUCGGUUGGUAUUAUGGGUGCAACGGCUGCAAUUCAACAAAAUGAAAUUUUCGCGCUUGUCUCCCAAUUUUCACCUAUUUAUACGCAAUCAAUCAUGAGUGCUUUGACGGUCCCAAUAUCAUCAAAUCUUAACAUGUCAAAGGAAAACGAUUUACGUCACACAAGAGAACAAGUCAGAAUGAUACAGAGUGCAGAAAAUGUAGAAACUACAUACGAUACAAAAUUACUUAUAGGAACAUUUAAUAAAAUCCGUAUUCUAGCAUUUACGGUGGGUUUCGUUUUCUUUGUGACCUUAUCACUUUUUCCCUCAAUCACUGCAUCUAUCAAAUCAAUUGUCGUUGAACAUGACAAGAGUAAAUUUCAUCAAGAUUAUUUAUUUAUACCUUUACAUUUCUUGGUAUUUAAUAUUGGAGAUUGGCUUGGUCGAUGUUUACCAUCUUUAGAAUCAUUUUCCACAACAGAUUCUAAAAAACUUGCACUCAUGUCGAUUGCACGUAUUAUAUUUUUUCCAAUUUUUUUAAUGUGCAAUGUUGAUGUUGGUUCAAAUGGAGCAAGGAUCUUGCCAUUAAUGAUUAACAGCGAUUUAAUUUAUUUUUCAACUUUGUGGCUAUUUGCGGUAUCUAACGGGUACAUGGGUUCUUUAACGAUGAUGGCUGCGCCACAAAUUGAAGGCGUUACAAAAGGUUUAGCAGGAACUAUUAUGUCUUUUUGUCUAGGACUUGGAUUAGCCAUUGGUUCUGUCUUUUCUUUUCCGAUGCGUGCGAUUAGUUGUAGUUGCAAUCCCAUUGGAAACAAUUGA